AUUGUGGUCUGUUCACAAAAUCCAAGUUCAAAAGAGUUACUUCCCCUUAUAAACAAAUCGCCGAUUAUUGCUGUAUUGGUAUACAUGGUCGGUAUUGCUAUACAUGGAUUCGACCUAACGAUAUCAGCACUUAGUCGGAAUACCAGAUAAAGAUGCAUGAUAUCAGAAAAAAAUUGUGAAGCAUAGCAAUGACGGCACCCAUCUAAGCGAAGCAGUGAACGUGAGGACUAACUACUUCAUGAAAUAAGGACCAUCGUCUUCAAGGAUAUACAAUGGCUGGCCUAGUUUCUUACAUUUGUUCCUUUAUCUUUAAAACUUCUUCUAAUAGGCUUUCCAAAUACAAUUUGCCACUUCCGUUAAACUGUCAUCUCGUCUUAGACGAUGACGUCAUUGGAAAUAGAAGCGUCUUUGUGAUUGGGGAUGUGCACGGUUGCUAUGACGAACUUUUGGAAUUAUUAAGUCUAGCUGAAAGCGAAGAACAGGACAGGCCCAUUCUGCCCGUUUUUGUUGGAGAUUUGAUCAACAAAGGACCAAAAAAUGCAGACGUUCUCCAAAAAAUUAAAAGCAUGGAGGCAUAUGCAGUCAGAGGAAAUCACGAUGAAGCAGUUUUAAGACAACUUUUAAAUCGCAGAAAUGACCCGGAAUAUGCGUUUCCGCCCAAAUACAAAUGGUGCAAAAGCCUGACAGAUUCAGAUGCGGACUUUUUGACUAAACUUCCCUACACAAUAUCAAUCCCGUCAUGCAAUGCGUUAGUCGUUCAUGCGGGUCUUGUCCCCGGGAUUCCCUUGGAAAACCAAGACCUAACAGAUAUGAUUGUUAUGAGGAACGUUGAGAGAAAAGAAGAUGGAAGUCUGAAGGCAAGUGAGGCCCAUUUUGUUGGAGAACAGUGGGCUUCGAAAUGGCCAGGUCCCGAACAUGUGUAUUUUGGCCACGAUGCCGUCCGAGGGUUUCAGAAUUUCCCAUUCGCUACGGGUCUAGAUACAGGCUGUCUGUAUGGAAAGGAACUAACGGGAUUAUUCAUAAACGGAUGUAAUAAACGAAUUUCAGUAAAAUCACAAAAAGUUUAUCGACCACCAUUAUGAUAAAAUCAAUAUUUGUUGUGAAAGCGGAAUCGGAUAAAGCUCGAGCUAGAUUACAUGUA